GUCGGUGUGAGCUCCUCCGGCUGAUACCUGAACUGGUCUCUGAACAGAACCAGAGGAGUUUCGGAGUCCAUUCAUCUGUCGGAUUCAGUCUCUUCCCGCCUCCAGGAUGGAAGCCAGCGUUUGAGCCAACAUCCCGAUACCAACACACUUAACCAACAAACCCGGUGAACAUUAGGAAGUGGACCAUGACGAGCUCAGGUGACGUCAACCCCUCACAUGCUACGUUUGACCUCUUUGUUCAAGCCAAGACUUGUCAGGAUGCGAAGCACCUGUUUUCACAGCUCUGCGAGCAGCUCAACAUCAAUCCCAAGGAUUACAGGAACUUCUACUCCAAGUUAAAGGAAAGGCUGAACUACUGGAAGGCCAAAGCUUUGUGGACCAAGCUGGACAAAAGGGCAUCUGAUGCAGCUUAUCAGCAAGGAAAAGCAUGCAUCAAGAACAAGUGUCUGGUGUUGGGUGCUGGUCCAUGUGGACUGAGAACAGCCAUCGAGCUCUCCCUGCUGGGGGCUCAGGUAGUGGUGCUGGAGAAGAGGGAAGACUUCACCAGAAACAAUGUUCUCCACCUGUGGCCCUUCACCAUCUACGACCUCCGGGAGCUCGGUGCCAAAAAGUUCUACGGCAAAUUCUGCUCCGGGUCUCUGGAUCACAUCAGCAUCCGUCAGUUGCAGUUGAUGCUGCUGAAGGCGUCGCUUCUCCUCGGGGUGGAAGUUCACACCAAAGUAGAGUUCUGUGGCUUGAUUGAACCUUCUGGAAGCAAUGGCUGGAUGGCCAAGCUGCAGCCUUCGUCUCAUCCUGCUGCAGCCUUUGAGUUUGACGUCUUCAUCUCUGCUGGAGGAGGCCGAUUUGUCCCUGAUGGUUUUCAGCACAAGGAGCUAAGAGGAAAGCUGGCGAUCGGCAUCACAGCCAACUUCAUCAACAGGAACUCAGCAGCCGAGGCACAAGUAGCAGAGAUCAGCGGUGUGGCCCGCAUCUAUAACCAGAAGUUCUUCCAGGACCUGCUCACUCAGACCGGUAUUGAUCUGGAGAAUAUUGUCUACUAUAAAGAUGACACCCACUACUUUGUGAUGACUGCCAAGAAGAAGAGUUUGUUGAAGAGGGGGGUCAUUAAACAGGACUACGGUGAUGCAGAAAGGCUGCUGGCUGCUGCAAACGUGGACUAUGAGGCUUUGUGCCAUUACGCCCACGAUGCUGCUUUCUUCUCCACUGGUGGAAAACUGUCCGACCUCCAGUUUGCUCAGAAUUAUGCCGGCCAGCCGGAUGUGGCCAUGUUUGACUUCACCUGCAUGCAACGAGCUGAGAAUGCCUCACUGGUCAAGGAGAGGAGGGGCAAGAAGCUGCUGAUGGGUCUUGUUGGAGACUGUCUGGUGGAGCCCUUCUGGCCUCUGGGGACGGGCAUUGCUCGUGGGUUCUUGGCAGCUUUCGACACAGCGUGGAUGGUUCGGAACUGGGGUAUGGGUGUCCCACAUCUUAAGGUCCUGGCUGAGCGAGAAAGUAUCUACCAGGUCCUCUCCCAGACCACGCCAGAAAACACCAGUAAGAAGUAUGCUGGUUUCAGCAUCGACCCCAGGACGCGGUAUCAAAGAAUAAACCUGUCCUCCAUUACAAGCAACCAGGUCCAGCAUCUGUAUGAUGUUGAUAAACCUCAUCCACCCAGCAGGAAGCAGAAGGACAGGCAGUCCAACACGGGUCCAGGUGGAGGUGUUGAGGAGCUGUUGAAGUGGUGCCAGAAACACACGGCGGGUUACGACCAUGUGAACGUAAAAGAUUUCACGCAGUCGUGGAGGUCUGGGUUGGCUCUGUGUGCUCUGAUCCAUCACUUCAGGCCUCAGCUCAUUGACAUGUCAACCUUAAAUGGGUCAGAUGGAGUUCACAACACCCAGCUGGCCUUCAGUAUCCUGGAGAAGGAGCUGGGCAUCCCCCCUGUGAUGUCUCCAGCUGACUUAGCCAGCAGUGGUCAGGUAGACAAGCUGUCCAUGGUCCUCUACCUCACCCAGAUCCAAGACGCCUUUGCUGUCCCUCCAAAAAUAAAAGAAGCUCCAGGAUCUCUGCCAUCAUCCAAGUCUCUCAGUCUCUCCCGGACACAGUCGGCUGUCUUCUUCCUCAGCAAGCUGAAGCACAACUCUCUGCAAAGACGCAAGGAACAGCUGGCGUCUCUAAAACAAAAAACAGAGGGAAGAAUGGGUGAUGAGGACAGAACUUCAGUACAUCCCGUGUCCCCUGAACUCAGUCCUGAUCCUGAUCCUGGUUCCAGUCCUGAUCCUGCUCCAGAACCAGAGCCUCUGACUCCGGUUUUGAUGGCCAGCAGUGAGGAGUGUUACUUCUGUUCUCAGAGGGUGUACGCGUUGGAGCGGAUCAGUGCUGAGGGGAAGUUCUUCCAUCGGAGCUGCUUCACCUGCCAUCAGUGUGGCAUCACGCUCCGACUCGGAGGAUACACCUUCGACCAGAACUCAGGGAGGUUUUACUGUGAGCUUCACUCUGAGGAGCUGCUGCUUCCUGAUGGAGAUGAUGCAUUUUAUGAGGAUAGCAAAGUUCAGCAGACAGAUCCAGAGGAUGGGCUUUCCAGUGAUGAUUACAUACCAUCUCCAUCAGAUGAGGAGUACGACCACACUCUGGACUGUGCUCCUGCUCACACACAAGCACACAACCCCAAAGAAUCAGAACAGCAUGGACCGGGAUGCAAAGAAGACUCCCAGGAACCACACAAGUCCAACACCUCUACAGACCCUUCACCUGUAACUGAGGCAGCAGCUCCCACUGAGGAGGAGGAGGAGAUGAAACCCUCUCCAGUCCCAAAGCCUCGCUUUUCCAGGGAAACCACACCCACCUCUGAGUCUUCUCCCCCAGUAGCAAAACCAAGAUCCACCUUCCUGAUGAGUCUUUCCACUCCGGAGAAAUCUCCAGCACCUCCAGAGGAGAAAUCAGGGCCGGAUUCCCGUCCUAAGCAGUCACUGCGAAAGCUUCAGUUGACCGAUGAGGAGAGGAGCCAGCUGAGGAACCUUCAGAGCUUCAGUGUUGACUCAGACUCGGAGACCCAUGGAGGAUCUUCCUCCUGCUCCUCUUCCUCUGCAAAUGCAGGAGUGCCUCCUAAACAAGAAGGCCUGGAUGGUCAAGAAGAGGAGGGCUACUGGAGUGGGAGCACAGCUGGGCAUGUCCGGGAAAACAGGAACCGACGAUGCUUCAAGAAAAAAGAGAUGCCAAAUGGGCAGAGCAGGGCCCGAUCCAAGUUUUCCCCCUGGAAUCUUUCAUCUCCGAGGAUCAGCAGAGACAACCGGCUCAGUGUCCAUGUUGGUCAUCCAGGGAGAGUGGAAACAACAUUCAGACAUGUUCAUAGUGCCUCAGAGGAGGGUGUUGAAGGGGACGAUGAUGACGAUGAUGACGAUGACAUGUUUGAACAGGAUGACAUUGAGUUGAUUGAUGAGGAGCUUCAAAUGGAGCCGUCGGAUCCAGUUGAGGCUGAGAAGCUGGAGUUGAGGAAGAUGAGGACUCUGGAGCGCCGAGCCAAAACGUGUAAAAUACAACGAUUUCACAAAGCUCAGUCCAUCCAGAGAAGACUGGAGGAGAUUGAAGUGACCUACAAGGAGCUGGAAGACAAAGGUGUGAAGCUGGAAAGAAGUCUGCGAGGAGAAGCUGGAAACGAAGGUCCUGAGAAGAUCGAGCAGUGGAUCCAGCUGAUCCAUGAGAAGAACGCCCUGGUUUCGGAGGAGUCCGACCUCAUGGUGGCGUCCCGACAGCUGGAACUGGAGGACAAGCAGAGCACGCUGGAUUUGGAGCUCAGGAAAUACCUGGACCUGAAAGAGAAGACAACAGAGCAGCAGGCAGAGGAAGAACGCAUCUUUCAGCAGAGGAUCGAGGUGGUGAACAUGAGGGACUCUCUGGUGUCGUUUCUGGAGGAGAAGAGGCUGAAAGAGAUCAGCGAGGAGCAAGAGGCUUUCUCCAUCAUGGAGGCCAAACGGCACUCGAAGGCAGGAUCUCAGGUUCACUGGUAGUAAGCCUGUUGGAUAGUUACAGGUGAUGCUCUCACACCUGCUGCGUGUCAAACAAGGAACCUGAAACUUACCCUGGCAAAGCCAAAGAUGAGACCAGAUUGUUGUGGAAGGACAGAAGUGGAGUCUGAAGGUGAGUUACAGUCCAUCCUUAAAGGAAGGUCUGACCUCUUGUGCCCAACAGCUGCAGCUCAGUUCUGCUCAGCUGAUGUUUGAGGCAGCUCGGUGUACCGCAGGUCAGAUGGUCAUCACCAGAAUCCUGAAACUAACCUGUCGGUGUCAGAAAUGUAACGAAGCAGCUGAUGACCACAGCUGGAUCCUCGGUGAUGGAUGUUUUUGAUUCAAUGUUCAUGUUGAUUUUAAAUGUGCCAUUAUGGAAAAAUGCUACAGCACAGAAAUACAUAUCCUCAUGAUAUCUUUACUAUUUCUACAUUAAAUAUAAACUUAAAAGAGGUUAAAAACUGUGAGGGAUUAAAAGUGUUUGAGCAAUGAAUUAAAAUUCUGUUUGUUUUUGUGUAUUGAAGCUUUUGUCUCAGCAUGUUGGACAGUUAAUCUCAGGGUUGACACUUUAGUCCUGUCGGAUCUCAGGUGGUCAACAGCGGCUGCUCUAGAAGUGGCUGCGGGGGGGUGUUAGACUGGAAAACGUGAAUGAAAAGCAGACUGAAAUGGACAGCUUCAUCUAAAUGCCAUCAUUUAGGUGUUGCUGAAAAAAACUCGGCAUCUGAUGGAAAACAGACCAACAUGAGGAAAAUUAAAAACCCUUUCACUGUUUUCAGUGUUCUGCUGCCACUUCUCAGUUUCUGAAUAAAGAUCAAGCACUUUAA